UUCCGGUCGUGGGCGGGCCCCGCGCCGUGGCGGGAAAAGCGGCGUCCGCUGCGCCUCUUCCGGAAGCUGAGGGGUUCGUGGAGUUUCCUGCUAGAGGGUGGUGUCGCCAUGGACGCGGCCGAGGUGGAGUUCCUGGCCGAGAAGGAGCUGGUUACCAUCAUACCUAACUUCAGUCUGGACAAGAUCUACCUUAUUGGAGGGGACCUGGGCCCGUUCGACCCCGGCCUGCCGGUGGACGUGCCGCUGUGGCUGGCCGUCAGCCUGAAGCAGAGGCAGAAGUGCCGCCUGCUGCCGCCGGCCUGGAUGGACGUCGAAAAGUUGGAGAAGAUGAGGGAUCGUGAACGGCAGGAGGAAACUUUCACCCCAGUGCCCAGCCCCUACUACAUGGAGCUCACCAAACUCCUGCUCAGUCACGCUGCAGACAACAUCCCCCGAGCAGAUGCGGUCCGGACCCUGGUCAAGGAUCUGUGGGACACGCGCAUGGCCAAGCUCCGGGUGUCCGCUGACAGCUUCGUGCGGCAGCAGGAGGCUCACGCCAAGCUGGACAACCUGACCCUGCUGGAGAUCAGCACCGGUGGCGCCUUCCUCACCGCAGCGCUCCGCCACAUGCACAAGCUGCGCUCUGGCCCGCGGCCCCCCGAGACUGCCGCAUCACAGGACCUUUAGAGCAAGGCCACCACUGUCGCUGGCGCCUCAGCGGGACAGAGGCGCUCACGGCACUGAGUUGUGACCUUUCUGAACGUGCGUGCGGGAGAGGUGUGCUGGUUCCCGGAGUGAGGUUAACCAACAGCUGAGCAAGGAGCGUGAGUGUGCAGAGCUCGGUCCCCACCCGUCCCAGGCGCCCACCUUCCUUCCGGGGCUGGGAGCAGCUCCGGCCGAGCAGGUUCCCCCUGGCAGGGCUGCCGGGCUGCCGUGUGCCCAGCGUCAGCGGGGGGACACACAACAGUGGUGAUGUGGCCAGGGGCUUUUUUUGGGCUCAUAAACUCGGCCUGUGCUCGCCAGGCAGGAGCCAUGUGGCUGAGCUACAUCCCUGGCCCCAGUUUUUCUUUCUUGAUCUUGUUUUCUUGACUGAAGUUACAAUCUCUUGGAGACAUGGCUCACACAGGACGAUGGCCAGUGAAUGGCCAGUAUUGCAGAUCAUUGUUGGUCACCAAGUCUCAGUCCACAAUAAAAGUGUGCUCAGCUGGA